AUGAAGACAGUCACCGUCUUUGUUCUGCUGGCUUUUGUCAUCAUGGGGCUGGAGGUGGCCUGGGCUCAGAAGUCUCCUGGCAAAGGACGACAGAGACCUGGAUUCUGCCCGGAGUUGCCCAGAGGUACUAUCGGAACUUGUGUCGAAUUGUGCUCAGGAGAUGAUUCCUGUCCCAGGGGAAUGAAAUGCUGCAGUCAUGGGUGUGGUCAUUCCUGCACAACUCCUGUCUUCCGAAAGGGUGGCUCUGGUGGCCACGGGAAAGUUGGGCAGAAGGUUAACUGA